AUGAGCCUACCCUCACUCCAGGAACUGGCUGGGCAGAGCCUGUUGAGAAACGAGAAGUUGGCAAUCUCGGCUUUGGAGACGUUACCUAACCUACUCUUGCCACAACUAUUUAAGCAAGCCUAUGAAGGUGGCCAUAGGAAUGUCCUGAAGAAAAUAGUGUCUUCCUGGCCCUUCCCUCGACUCCCUUUGGGAGCUGUGAAGAAGAGAAAUGCCUCGGAGUCCCUAGAAAACGCUGUCCUGGAGGAGGUGGAUAAGCUGCUUAUCCAAAGCCCCCGGGAAUACAAAUUGGAAGUGUUGGAUUUACGGUCUGUGGGCCAGGAGCCUAUGGAUGUACUGUCUGGGCCCGUAGAUAGCUGGUUACCACAGACCUCAUGUGAGGGAGAGAAGAAGCCCUUGAAGGUGGCAGUGAAUUUGUAUCUCAGGAAUGGUAACUUUAACAAGCUGUCCUGCCUCUCUCAGUGGGCUGAGAAGAGGAAAGGGUUGUUACAGCUGUACUGCCAUGAGUUUCAUAUUUGGUUACCAUUCCUCUCGGGCUGCAAGUGUUACUUGGAAUAUGUGAACCUGCAGUAUAUAGUAGUACUGGGCCUGCAUUCCCUCCACAAUCCAGCUGAAUUUCUUGAUCUGAUUUCUUACCUGGGCCACCUGAUGAAUCUGCGCAAGCUGUCUAUCUCCAACAUCCAGGAAGAGAGGGUUAUCUCUCUAGAGGAGAGAAGGCAUAUCGUCUCUGGGUUGGCUUCGAAGCUCCUCAACCUGGAGUGCCUCCAGGAGCUGCAUCUGGAGAAUGCCUCCUUCUUUAAGGGUCACCUGCACAAGCUGCUCAGGUCCCUGAAGACCCCCUUGGAUGACCUGGCAGUGACUCACUGUACAAUCUCAGUACCAGAGUGGAAUCAGUUUUCUAAGUUGAUAUGUGUCAGCCAGUUGCAACACCUGAGUUUGGAAAAUGUCAGAUUGGCCAGUUUAAGUCCCGAACCCCUCCGAAUUCUGCUAGUAAAAGCUGCACACACCCUGGUAGACCUGAACUUGGAGGACUGUCACAUUAAGGAUAGUUAUCUUUAUGCCAUCUUACCUGCGCUGAGCCGUUGCCUCCAGCUCAGGACCUUCAGUUUCUAUGGGAACCCACUCUCCAUGGGUGCUCUGAAGAGACUGCUACGCAGCACUGCCAACUUGGAAAACCUAUACAGGGAGCUGUAUCCUGUUCCCCGGGAUUGCUAUGUAGACAAUGGCACUCUCCAUAUGGAACUCACACGCAACCAUUGCAAUGAGCUUAUUGGCAUACUGAAAACCUUUUGGCGGUCAGAGAGGAUCUAUUUUGGUACUGACCGCUGCCAUCGAUGCAACAAUCGAUAUAUCUACAACAAAACGUCAAUGUGUAGGUGUCGGAGGUUCAUUGGCUAG